UCCCCCCCCAAAGGCCAGAGACGACCUCCCUCUCCCUGCUGCUGGUAAAUCGGCCGGCGAGCCUCCCUCCCUGCGGCGACAGACCGAUCCCUGACCCACGACUCGCACUCUCCCCGGCGAACCAACCAGCUUCGCUGGCCGGAAUGGACUUCGGUGGCGCGCUGCAGCUGCCCCCGGGGUUCCGGUUCCACCCCACCGACGACGAGCUGGUGAUGUACUACCUCCUGCGCAAGUGCGGCGGGCUGCCGCUGGCGGCGCCGGUCAUCGCGGAGGUGGACCUGUACAAGUUCGACCCGUGGAGCCUGCCGGAGAAGGCGGCGGGCGGGGAGAAGGAGUGGUACUUCUUCUCGCCGCGGGACCGCAAGUACCCCAACGGGUCCCGCCCCAACCGCGCCGCGGGCGCCGGCUACUGGAAGGCCACCGGCGCCGACAAGCCCGUGGGGUCGCCGCGCCCCGUCGCCAUCAAGAAGGCGCUCGUCUUCUACGCCGGGAAGCCGCCCAGGGGCGUCAAGACCAACUGGAUCAUGCACGAGUACCGCCUCGCCGACGUCGACCGCUCCGCCGCCGCGCGCAAGAAGACCAACAACAACGCGCUCAGGCUGGAUGACUGGGUGCUGUGCCGGAUCUACAACAAGAAGGGCGUGAUCGAGCGGUACGACACGGUGGACGACGACGAGGGCGCCGCCGCGGCGGCCGACGACGUCAAGCCAGCCGCGACAAAGAACCCGCGCGGCGCCGGCGGCCGCGCGCCGAUGAAGGUGGAGGUGGCCGACUACGGCGGGUACUACGACGACUACGACCUCGAGACGCCGUCCGCGGGGAUGCUGUGUUUCGACCGCCCGACGGCCGCGGCCCCGGUCCCGGCUCCCGCGCCGGCGCUGGCGCCGGCGCCGGCGCUGUCGCCGACGGAGCCCGACCCGGACCGCGACUCCAGCUCCAUGCCGUGGAUGCACACGGACAACUCCAGCAGCGGGUCCGAGCACGAGCUGUCGCCGUCCCCGGACCUCCCCGACCGCGACCACGCCGAGAGCCAGCCCGGCGGCGGGGGCGCCGGGUGGUGGCCCGGCGCCGACUGGAGCGGCGCGGCCGGCGACGACGGGUUCUUGGUGCUCGACGACGGCGGCGCGGCGCUCUUCGGCCCGCCGUCGCCGGGGCUCUUCGCUCGCGUCGACGUCGCCGCGGCCGCCGCGUUCGGGGACAUGUUCGCCUACUUGCAGAGGCCGUUCUGAAUCCUGAUCGGGGAAAAUGCAGCAGCGUUUGCCGCCCUGCGUGCUCCAGGCAGCCACUGACCAUGACAUGGUCGAUAUCCAUCCAGGUCGUGUAGCUCGGUUCAGGUGAAAUCGCGAGCCGGUCUAGGCGUAGCGCAGCGAAGCCGAGAUCACCAUGGCACUCCCAGCAGCUGCAGAUCAAAGGAGAAUUGGGUGGAUCAUCCGCGCGAUGAUCGGCGGUCAGGUGUCCGGUUGCCAUUCAGAUGGUCAUCAGAUCGACGUGCAGCUGACAGUUGCACAUGACACGACCACAGCACCUGAUCGCGCCCUUGCUCUUGGGCAGCAGCCGCCACAUGGAAAUGGGGGUGCCAGGCAUGGUAGAUGAGCGGUGAUCAAGGCUGGUAGAGAGCUAGCUAGCCGUCGGAUCGGGUCUCGACUAAUCUAACCCGUCGGGUUUUUGUCGCGUUAAGUAGUAGUAGCUGACAACAUGACAUGCCUAGUGAAUUCAAAAUAAUAAGCAACAAAAUCAUAGAGAGAGAGACAGAGAGAAAAAAGGGAAAUACAAGUUUUGGAUUCAGGAGGCUGUUGAUGGUAUCAUGUAUGUAUCUAGUGUAGCCUAGCUGUACUUAGAAUGAAUUGGUUCAGGUUGGUGGCAAACAGGCAACGCUGUAGGGUUUUUUUUUUCCGAGUGUUCUGCAGUAUAAUUGCAAAGAAAUAUGUGCUAGAGUCGCUUUCAGUGGGUCUCUUUCUCGUGACCACGGAAGCCGAAAUUUUUGUAACGCAAUUAUCGGUAAUAAAGUGUCGUAAGCUGUAAUUACAUA